AGAAAUGAUAGGCAAGUGCAAGCAUUUAUGAAAAAGCUUGCGGAAUUCAGAGGCGGUAUUCAGCUAUGUGUAACUGUUGAGAAGGUAUUUUACCAACAUUCAAUUUUGUAAACUGGUUUAACAAAUUUGUAAACAGUUUUAAUUAUCUUUACAGGGGAAAACAAGCAGUAAUCCAAUGAUGGGGACAAGCAACAUCUCAAUUAGUAGUGAGAGCAAUACAGAUCCUUAUUCUACAUAUCAAGUCAUGAAUGAGGUACAAAUGUAUUCUGCAAACCCUGCUCCUAUAACUUUUGUUUCAGCUCCUGCAUGUCAUGUCAUGAAUGAGAUGGGAUUUGACUCAACCAUCCCGGAGAGGGUUAGAACUGAAACGGAAUCCUUCUCUAAUAUAUCUGAAGGUUCAGCUCCUGUAGGUGGUUCUACUAUUUCUGCAUCUUCAAAUACUUUGUAUUGUGGAAAGUUGUUCAAGGACAAAAAGGAAAUGGGAAGGCAGAUGCAGUUAUUUGCAAUGGAGAAUAACUUCGAGUUCCGGACUAAGAAAUCAGACUCAACACGGUAUACUCUUCGUUGCAUUGAUGAAAAAUGUAGUUGGAGGUUACGUGCAACUAGGGUUAAGGCAUCAGAUAGUUUUAUUAUUAAAAAGUAUGUUAGUGAGCACUGUUGUGAUUCUUCGCUAAGGAAGGUUAAUCAUCGCCAAGCAACUGCUAGGACAUUAGGAGAAAUGGUAAGUAAUCAUUUUCGUGGAGAGAAGCUUGCGCUUAAACCUAAACAACUGAUAGAAAAAUUCAGACACGACAAUGGGAUUGGAGUUUCUUAUUCAAAAGCGUGGAGAGCUAAAGAUCAUGCAAUCGAUGUUGCUAGGGGUACACCUGAAGAUGGUUAUGAGUUCUUGCCAAUGUGGAUGUACAUGGUAAAUGAGAAGAAUCCUGGUUCUGCAACCUUCAUUGAGGUCGAUCCUGACAACAAAUUUAAGUACGCAUUUCUUGCUUUUGGUCCGUCAAUUAGAGGUUUAAGUUGAUGAGAAAAGUGAUUUGUAUUGACGGUGCUCAUUUGAAAUCAAAUUUUAAAGGGACUUUGCUUGGUGCCUCAGCACAAGAUGGUGACUUUCAUUUGUAUCCUAUUGCAUUUGGCGUAGUUGAUUCAGAAAAUGAUGCUUCGUGGGACUGGUUUAUGAAGUGUUUGAAGAAAAUUAUCCC